UGCCGUAAAGCGGUGUGCCGUAACGCAGUCAUUGUUGUUGUGAGGAACUGUACCUGUACGAGAAGAAGGAUGUGGAUAUUAAAAUUCAAUAUCUGGGCAUUUUUGUUGUUUUUUUGGGGACAGCAUACGGUACUUGCUCUUCAAGAUGUAACGGCCGACCUUUUCGGUGCCGAAAAUUACGGGACGGUGGCGGCGUUUGGAGAUUUUUACGCGGAUAAGCAGACGGACAUCUUCAUCAUCAGAGGGCAGUCUGAACUGAUGAUAUUCUUGGCUGACUCGAAAAUGCCUUACUUCAAGCCCAAAGUUAACAUCACGAAGGACAUCUUCCCCAGGGACACCGUUAUCACCAGCGUGGUUCCUGGGGACUAUGACGGAGACUCCCAGAUGGAUGUCCUUCUCACCACAACGAUCCAGAACUCCAAGAUGACCAAUGUGUUCAUCUUUUGGGGCAACAACCAGACUUUAGAUCUGAGUGGGAAGCUCAUGCUCAACAAGAACUUUACGGAUCAACCUCUUGUUAUGGAUUUCAAUGGGGACAUGAUCCCGGACAUCUUCGGAGUCACAGAUUCCGAACCACCCCUCUACACUGAAGUGUGCUAUCUCACCAAAAGGGUUCAACAGUGGGAGAAAGCACUGAGCUCACCUGUCAACAUGCGCAGCCCUCACUCCAACGCUUUCAUUGACCUCAACAGGGACUUCACCGCUGAUUUGUUCCUGACAACCAAAGGGCCUAAGUUUGAGACCUGGAUCAGCAAGGACGGGAACUUCACCAGAGAAGAAGUGAUGCCGUCAGAUCCACCAGCCCAAAUUAUCGGACAGUCCUCCUUCGUGGACUUUGAUGGUGACGGCUACCAGGACCACCUCCUCCCCGUCUGUCUGGAUGCCACCUGUCAAAGCGGCGCCAUCUACAUGGUCAAGUCGGGCUCAAAAGAGUGGGUGCCGGUGCUGCCCGAUUUCCAUGGCAGAGGGACGACCUGGAGCUUUGUGCUGGGGAAACACAGCCAGCCCUUGGCGCUGCACUUUGGGGACUACAACCUGGACGGCUUCCCCGACGCCCUGGUGGUCCUCCGCAAUACCAGCGGCAGUGGUCAGCAGGCCUUUCUGUUGGAGAACGUUCCCUGUAACGACGCCAGUUGUUAUCACGCUGGGAGGAUGUUCCAGAUCCUCUGGGACCAGUCGGAUUUGGGAGCCAUCCAAAAUGCCGUCAUGGCAACGUUCUUUGACAUCUAUGAGGACGGUAUAUUAGACAUGCUGGUUCUAAGCAAAGCAGAGGACAAACACGACUUGAUCAUCCACGCUUUGAAGAACAAUUACGAGGCGGAUGCCUACUUCGUUAAAGUGAUGGUGCUCAGCGGCCUCUGCUUCAAUGACUGUCCAGAAGAUGUCAAGCCUUUUGGUGUUAACCAGCCAGGCCCCUAUGUCAUGUACACCACAACGGACUCCAACGGCAACCUAAAGAACGCCUCAGCCGGUCAGUUGAGCCAGUCGGCCCACUUCUCCCUGCAGCUGCCCUACACUGUGCUGGGCCUCGGGCGGAGCGCCAACUUCCUGGAUCACCUGUUCGUCGGCAUCCCCCGGCGGCCUGGAGAGACGGAGAUAAGGAAGAAGGAGUGGACGGCCAUCAUUCCGAACUCUCAGCUCAUCGUCAUCCCCUUCCCACACAACCAACCCCGCAGUUGGAGUGCCAAGUUGUACCUGACUCCUAGCAACAGCGUGCUGCUGACGGCCAUCGCGCUGAUCGGGGUGUGCGUCUUCAUCCUCGUCAUUAUCGGCAUCCUGCACUGGCAAGAGAAGAAAGCGGACGACAGGGAGAAGAGGCAGGAAGCCCACCGGUUCCAUUUCGAUGCCAUGUGAAGGAGGAGAAGUGAUGGGAGAACGUUGUCGCCCCCUACGCCUCAUCUCCCCCCCCCCCCCCCCCCCCCCCCCCCCCCGCGCGCGGUUUCACACCCGUCUCGUUUCAAGGGCCAAUAAACGGAUGUUGGUUUGCCCCAAAAAACGUUUAUUUUUGAUAUUUCUCAGUCCUUCAGUCAGGUGUGAAAUAUUUAUGUUCCAUUUGAUUUAUGCAUGGCGGUAAUAGAUGUACAGCAGCUCCAACACAGCCACGGAGACACAGGGAACUCCUGACACCUGUGGUCAACAGCAUGAUGAUCAGGGGAUCAUUUUGAAUAAGAAAUUAUACCAAUUUAUGUUGACAACUGUUAGUUUAAUCACUGGAAAGGUUCAAAAUGUGUCAUAAUACUUUAAAUAUGUGUGUGUUGGCUUUUUUUUAAGUUAUGGAAUUCUUCUGAUUUUAUAACCUGUGAAAUUAAAGUGAACUGUAUUGUAUGAUAUCAAUCUGGGCCUGAGGCAACGCAACGUGGACACAUGUAACAUCGAUCUCAACAAUCUCUUCGGGGUCUGCUGAGUGCAAAUUCUUCUUUUUCUCAGUGGAUCAUAUCAGAGUGCCAAAAAUAUGAAAAAUAAGUUUCUAAUGCUUUUGCAUCGAGGGUCAAAUGGUCUCAAAAAAACGUUUGCACAUUGAAGCGUUGAAUAAGGCACAGUGUAGUUGACUCGAGAUGUGGUUCUAAUUUGCCAAGGCGGUAUAUUUAUUUCACUAGAAUGAGCUAAUGUCUUUCUGAGCGGUUUGGACUUUUUACUAAUAAUUAAUAGCAGACGUAUGUAAUUUAUUUAAUUUUGGCGAAUUAUUUUACAGAUGAAUGUUCAAGCUAUUAAAUGUGUUUACUCACUGAGGUUGAGAAUAAAAGGUUUGUCCUGCUUAAAUCCA